AUGCGCCAAUGGGGCUCGUCCCUGCACCACAACGGCAUGUCAUUCUUCAUGGCCUCCGUACCCGCCGGAACGCAAUUCUACCACGGCAACUCCAAGCCCGGAGAAGUCACCGGCCCAGAAUGGCUGGCGUUCGAGCCCGAGCAUGCGAUGGUCUUCGCGCGUCCGAGACAUCGUGGACAUCCCCCUCCUCCGCCGCCUCCGGGCUCGGGGAUGGAUUCCAACGGGGGCCAGAUGCCGCUCAUGCCUCCUCCCCCUCCAGGCUCAGAACCGAGACCGGGACCAGAACUUCCCAUCAACAAAGAUCAAGACGAUGAAGAAAACGAGGGGAAAACAGGCUACCUGCACACACUCACCGCAUCACGCGAUCUCCGCCUCCUCUACCUCGACGGCAUGUCCGCUGCAAAGACGACCAACGGGACGCUGGACUCUCAGGACCGCGUGCUGUUUCGAGACGAGCUGGAAAGCCCCGGCAUGCAGGAGCGCGAACGCGCCGAGUUGCUGUGUCGCAUGGCGCGCGAGGACUGGAAUGGUAGCUUGGACGGCGUGAUUCGGAUGGAGGCCGGGUUUGAGGUCAUAUUGUGUGAUUUUGAGGCUGUGGAGACGGUGAGGGUUACGAGAGUAAAGGGGAGAGAGGAUAGUGGGAAGCGUGGGUUGGGGAAGAAGGAAGGUAAAAGGGGUGGAAAAGGAAAAGGGAAGGACAAUCCGUUGGGGGGUGCAGAGGUAUGGUUCAAGGCGAUUGCGUCGAGGUAUAAUGGGAUUGGAGGACAUCGGGUGCGAGUGGACUAUGACUGGUUUGUGACGGCGUAUGAUGCUGGGUACGCGUUGGACUUGUUCCCUGGGGCCAAGAAGCAUCUGCCGCGAUUGGAUCAUCUCUCGAACGAACAGCUGGAGCCGGUGCGGGCCGACUUGGACGAACUGGUUCGCAGACAUCAGAUGGGCAAGGGCGAGGUCUUCGACUGGCAGGCCAUUGCGGACAUGGUGGUUCUGCGCUACGGGCAUGAACUGCGAUACAUGGCCUCGGGACAGACGGGGACGCUGGAGGAGCUGCACCGGGAGAUCGAGACUCUCCUGGGCCCGUUCAUCGACUACGGAGAAGGGGGCCGCGACUCUGUCCAGGAGACAGAGCGCUGUGCGACGCAGUUCAUCCCCGCCGAGGCACCGGAUGGCAGCGUCGCCGGGGAAGCAGUGCGGUCGGUUGCCCGCAGCAUCUGCUCCACGUUGGUGGAGGCGUGGGAUAACCACACGGACUACGAGGCGGCGAUUGGGCAGCUGCGGCAGCUGAUGGAGUACCUGAACUGGACGAUGUGGAAGGAAUGCAGGGGGUGCGGCGACCAUGAGAUUUGCGCGGUGCCGAUUUGGCCGAUGGGAACGGUCGAGGACUACGAGCAUCCGCAAUGUCGCGACGCGUCGAGCCCGAGUGGCGAGGGGAGGCGAUAUUGGGGAGAGCCCUGGGGUCCAGGCCCAAAAGCGUCUGGCCCGGAUGCUCCUCCGUCGUCGCCCUUUUCCUCCUGGUACCAACACCUGAAGCGUGCUUUCUACGGGUGA